UCUCCCACACUGACUCUCCCACACAGACUCUCCCACACAGACUCUCCCACACUGACUCUCCCACACAGACUCUCCCACACAGACUCUCCCACACUGACACUCCCACACAGACACUCCCACACAGACACCCCCACACGGACACUCCCACACGGACAAGUGCAUUAACACAAACAGACAAGCUCACACUACACACUUCCACCACUACAUAUUCCUGUACAGAGUGAGUUUUAAACAGUUUGACUUUCUUAUUUUCUGCCCAUUCUCUCAUUCUCUCUCCCACUCUCUCUUCUCUCUCUUCCAUCUCUUCUCUCAUUUCCAUCUCUCUUCUCCCGUUCUACAUCUUGCUUUCUCUCCUCCUCUCCUCUCCUUUCCCUCUCCCUCUCCCUCUCCCUCUCCCUCUCCCUCUCCUUUCUCCAGACCAUAACAGACACCAGCCCCAUGCGUCGGUCCACCUCCUCUCUGGUCCACGGGCGUUCUGGCAGGGAGAGGGGGGUGAGGCUGGAUGACUACAGCCUGGAGAGGGUAGAAGGAGAGGGGAGGCACGGUGGGGGACAACGCAGGGACAGGAGGGACAGGAGCCACCGCACCUCUCAGAGGUCCCUUACCAGAUACACAGAUGCAGACACAGGGUUGGGCACAGACCUGAGCACUACCACCCAGUCUGGAGAACUCCCCCCCAAAGAGCGUGAACGUGAACGCGGUCGAGCCAAAGACCGCAGGCACCACCAUCAUCACCACCACCACGGUGGCUCCAUGGAGAAGGAGGGGCGCUUCGGGCCAGACAGACAUGGGCCAGAGUUCACCCACAGACACCCCCACGACCGAGGGGACAGACACUGGUCCCGCUCUCCUAGUGAGGGGCCCGACGGACGGGGCCACAGACAGGGCAGUAGCUCGGUGAGCGGCAGCCCCGUCCCCUCCACAUCCGGUACCUCCACCCCCCGCCGCGGGCGCCGCCAGCUGCCUCAGACCCCCGCCGUGCCACGCCCCCACGUCACCUACUCCCCAGCCAUACGACACCCCAAGCCCACCUACGGAGCAGGUCCCCCUGGACGACUCCGCUCCCCCUCCCCCCGACACUUCUCCCCCCCAGAGCACGACGGAGGGGGGUAUCACCGCCCGCCAUCGCGUCACGUUUCCCCACUUGAGCACGGAGGGUCGAGGCACGGGUCUCCGAGAUCGGCCCGGCACCAGUCGGGGUCUCGUUCACCUCCGCCCCACCAUGGGUCACCCCGGUCCCCGCCACGGGCGCUGGAGCGGUCCCCCUCCCGGGGAUAGUCUGGAGAGCGAGGGUGGCCCAUUCUAUGAGCGUGACUGCGAGUACGAGCGCCAGCAUGAGCCGCCCGCCUACGAGCAGAGCCUC